AUGGAAGCUGCCAUCAGGUGGUCGCCGCACUCCACGCGCUAUCAGCCUCGCUUCUUGAUCAUCGACGUUGCAGGCAACCGGCUCCGACUGUGUGAGAUCGAGAGCUUCUCGGGGUCCAAGGUCAACUAUCGACAGAUUCUGAUACGCGAUAAGCUCCCCAACUACACAGCUUUCGACUGGUCCAAGAAAGAUCCUGAUGUCGUCGCUAUUGGCUCGGCUUCCGGAGAGGCACAUAUUGUGCAGCUGGACCCUACCAAGCCCGAAGGCGACUUUCUGCACGCAUUUCCUAUCCGGCAUCAGAGGAAAUGCAACUCCAUCGCCUUCAGCCACAAGAACCUUCUGGCGACCGGUCUGGACAGGGUGAGGAACGAUGUCUGCUUGAAUAUCUAUGACAUGAACGAUGCAAGAUUCACGACCAAAGACGAGCCAUACCGAAAGCUCGCAAGCUCAGAAGCCGUUUCCAGCAUCAAGUUCUUCAGGGAUCAGCCCGAUACGCUUCUUGCAGGCGUUCAGAGACAGUACGUCCGGCUAUACGACCUCCGAGAUUCUGGUACGCAGGGUGUGGCUAACAUCCAGACUAAGCAAGUGCACAGCAUUGCAAUAGACCCACUGGACGAAAACUACUUCCUCUCUGCGGGAACCACUGGCGACCCCACCGUGACCGUUUGGGAUCAGCGCAUGGUGAAACAGCGCAACGAUAACAACGGUGCAAUUCUCGAAUACAGAUCUAUCGUCGACAACAGUCAGCCAGCGAGCAUCUGGAGUUUGCGAUUUUCUGGUACCAAGAAGGGAACAUUCGGAGUCCUCGCCAACACAGGAGAAUUCAAGAUCUUAGAGCUGUCCCAGCACUCGCACCGUCUGGAGACACUCAAAUCAACAACCGACACCACGAUGGCACGUGUUUGGUCAUCGCCACAUUAUACGAAAGUCUCUCAUCAUUUGCGCCACCCGUGGCACAGCAAGGACUUUCCACAGAAGCAGAAAGAUCGUGUAAUGGCGUAUGACUUCAUGGCGGAAGGUAGCCCACUCGACGGGCAGUGCGCACUCGCGCUGCAUGCCAACCGAGAGGUGGAGGUAAUCAAGGUGCCACCUCCUGCGCCGCGCAUCAAUGUGAGCGCCCUUGAGGAGAUUUACAAAGAUCGCACUACCAUCGCCCGACCAACGAGCCGCCAUGGAACUGUAGCGGAAGAUCUCUCUGCCUUACAGAACGAGGCGAUAAGCAGAAAAGGCGGACAUGGCCCUGCAGAUCUGUCCGAAGACUUUGACAAGCUCAGCAUGACCGAUCAUAACCAGUCAACCACGCAGAAACGUGAACAGAUUCUACGUCUGGCAUAUCCUGACACCAAAGUAUCGCUUUCCGAUUACCUCGCUUUCCUGCAAGGUUCCAAGCGUCGCUGCCAGGAAGGGUACUCCCUCGGAUGUGCACAGAAUAAGGUCAUUGUAUCGAAUGAUCCCUGGCUGGCAGAUGUAUGGGACUUCGUUGAGCGAAUGGACACCCAUGCGCGUGGAGAUGGCAUGGUUGGCAACGGUCUCGAAUUGAAUUACCUUGGUAUCGAGCCCAUCUGGAAUAACAAUCUUGAGAUGUACGAUGAACGACGCAUCGAUCCAGAUACAAACACGAGCCAGAACAUGUUCCUGGAUGCAGUGAAGGAGAUAGUGGAAGCCAAGAACUUUCCGCCGUUUGAAGGGGCGGACACAAAGUUUCCAGAGAACAGGCAGCUCUGCCUUAGCCUGUGUGGAUGGCCGCUCGAUAAGAAGGGCGUGCAAGACAACUGCGAAAACCUCAUCGCAGCUGGAGAGCCUCUGAAAGCAGUCGUUCUUGCAGUAUUCCAAGGCUAUAAGGACAUCGCUUUGGCGCUGCUACGCACCGCACUGCAACAGGAAAAGCUGCCACAGGACCACAUUGGCCUCGGUGCCGUCAUCGCCUGUGCUUCUCCUUCCUCCGGCGUUCCUGUCGAGCAGCGCGAAGCGUGUGCAUGGAUGGCUGAGAUGACUAUAGACCCGUACCUGAAGUCGCUGCUGACAUACUUCAUAAGCGCCGACUGGACCGCUGUCGUAAACAUGGCCUCGCUCGCCCUCGCCGACCGUGUCGCCCUCGCCCUCAAAUACCUCCCCGACAUCGCCCUCUCCCACUUCCUGUCCGACACAACCACAUCGCACGUCCAAAUGGGCUCCAUAUCCGGUCUCCUACUCACUGGCCUAACAACACGUGCCCUAGAUCUCCUCCAAGUCCACAUGGCCUCGCACCCCUCGGAACUGCAAACCGCUGUCCUCCUCCUCUCGCGCGCUUGCCCGCUCUACAUCCAAGAUCCGCGCUGGUACCUCUGGAAAGACAUCUACCUGGAGCAAAUGCAGGUGUGGCGUUGCUUCCUGGAGCGCACACGCUACACAAAGGAGCACAACGCGCGGUCCAUAACGCGCGAUGGCAACGCCCGAAACAAGCCCACACAACCCAGCAUCGCGAUCCGCUGCGCACAGUGCCAUCAGAACCUCGCCUUGCGCAAAGAACAAGGCAAGAAAAGCAGACUCGUCCCCGUCAUCGGCGCACCCUACCACGCACAGCACCCUGCAAAUCCCAAAUCCGCAAUCCUGCACAACAAACCCGCUGGGAAACACUCAACCAGCUCCCCGGCGCUCGCGUGCCCUAACUGCGGUGCCCAGAUGCCCCGCUGCGGACUGUGCAUGAUGUGGCUCGGCAGCCCGGAUCCGACGAAGCCCGGCGGCGCGGAGACGCUGAAGGGCGAGGAUUUGGAGGCGAGGCUGAUGGUGUUUUGUAUGAGUUGUGCGCAUGGGUUCCAUGGGCAUCAUGCGAGGGAUUGGUUUGCGAGGCACGCCAUGUGUCCCGUGCCGGAUUGUCGGUGCAUGUGCGGGCUGUUGAAGUGA